CCCGAGUUCCCGGUCUGAGAAAGUCGGCUUCGUCAGCCGCGGGCAGCUCCGACUCGGAGGACCUGUCAUGAGGGAUAGCGAUGAAGUGCGAUGUGUGUGAACAGCCACAAUGCAAAGUUGCAAACGCGCCGCCAUGCUCAGGUGAGAUGAGAGGAGAAGAGACAACAGCAUUAAGAUGUACGCGUGCCGUGUUGUGUUGACGCAGUUGGACGCCGCCAUCGUGCUGCCACCUUCAAUGACGAUGAGGGCAGCCCUGUGCCGAUUCGGCAGAGGGGACCGGCAGCCAUGGAUGGUGUGGUUCUUUGACCAACAGUGAAGAAGCCGAGAGAUUCUCACCUCAUCCAUCCAUACGCAAUUUAUGCAGACAUAUCUCUUUGACGUCCAUGCAGGUCACAUCAAGCGGGAGGCGAUGAUGCACAUCUGCACACCGGUUACCCGCACAGCGGGUGACGGCUCGCGGUCCGCUCAGCGAGGAAAGAAUCCGUGUUGGUUGGCCUCAUCUACCUGCCCGGGGCGUGCAUAUAGGGGUGCUGCCAUUGACUGUGUUCAGGUUUUCGAGCGCAGGUACGGUGUUGUUGGAUUCUGCGCAGGUACGGUGUUGUGUUGUUUGUUGUGAACAGCUGCCGCGGCGUGCCGAUGGGUGAGAGUGUGGUUGGCUGGUCAAGAUGCACGCCAAGUGGGGAGAAGGGACACAUAUAGAGAUGCCAUUCGGUCAUGUUUGCUCGUUUAUGCGUCAUUCACGGGCAUGACCCAUGGCAGUUUGUCGCUGGACACGAUCGGCAUGCGGCCGCUGGUGGACUUCAACGCUUUCCAUCCUACCUGACGCCUCUCAUCACCAAGUGGGAUACGGGCUUCACUGGAUUCACCGUGUAAGGAACGAAGAGUUCUCCUUCUUGCGUGUGUCGACCGCCCACCCACCUGCUUGCCUGCCUGCCUGCCUGCCUGCCUUUGCAGCAUCCGCAGAGGGGACCGCUACUACGUCGCACCCGAGACCAACACUGGUGUUCCCUGUGGCUCGCCCAAGGACAUAUUCGAAAUCGGUAGGGAGGCACAAUGACACAAAACACAACACAACACAACACAGAUGAAGUUCUCACGGAAGGGUUCUCUUUCCUUCUGUGGGCAGCUCUGGUGAUGUUUCAGUUCUGCAAGGGGCUAGAUAUCACAGAGGCCGUCACCGAGCGCGUAGGGCAGCCACACACAAACCACGCGACCGACACAGGCGUCUCAUUCACAUGCAUUCUGUGCACAUGCUGCGUGUGUUCAGCGUUCGCACGAAUACAUGACGAGCCGGGCAGACGCUGGUGGCUGCAUUGCCUAUCGACCCCAUCAAGAGACCCACCGCACAAGAGGUGAGAGAGAUGCCACACCAAUCAUACGAGCCCCGUCUCCCUCCCAUCUGCACAGCCCCCCCAUCCUCCCCCCCGAUGAUGGAGGUCUGGCUCAUGGACAAGAUCGGCCCCUUCCAGGGGCAGCCCGACGACCAGGUCUUCUUCUCUUAUGAUCCUGCCGGCAAGGACCGCAACGUCGCCGUGACGGUCAUCACAAGCUAGACGCCACGCGAGGCAAGGGAGCGCAUUCUGCCAGAGAAGGUGCGGUUGAAGAGUCUGCAGCACAACAGCAACAUCGUGCAGUACAUCGGUGAGCCAGCGACGAGACGAAAAUAGACAAGAGCGGUUUCUGCAGACGUAUCUAUCUCUGUUCGUUUCUCUGUGACGUUCAUGCAGGUCACUUCUAGAAGGUUGGCGCGACACACAUCUGCAAGGAGAUCAUGAACAUGCCCCUCGCCCAGCGGCUGAGGGCUGGCGGCCCGCUCGAGGAGGAUAAGGCGCGGGAGCGCGUCGUGGACGUGUUGUGCGGCCUCGUCUACCUUCACAGCAAAAGACUAGCCCACGGGUGAGUAGAGUGGCGGGCGGGGAACAUCCAUAUACAUGAUGGGUGGGUGGUGCUGCCGUUGAGUGUCUUCUGUUCAGUUGUUUGAGCACAUCUACGGUGUUGGUGGAAGCAUUUGACGGCACGGCCAAGCUGGCGGGAUUUGGCCACCGACGCAGUACACAGCGGGACACAGGUACUGCACGGCCACACAGAGACAGACUCUCACGUGCUCACCCCACCCUCUCUGGUCUGUCUCCCUGGCUGUCUGCCUGCCUCAGGAUUUGACAUCCUGGCGCUCGGCCGCCUCGUGGCCGAGAUGGUGUCGCCCCAGGACGCAUCGUCGGCGUCGGACCAGGCUGCUGUGCCUCAGAUACCACACAGUGCCUCACCCGAACUCCAGGUACCACGCUCACACACAGGGAAGACAAUGGCAUCCACCACCACAUGUGUCCGGAUCUGUCUUUCCAACAUCAGGACUUCGUGCAGGUGUGUUUGGAGGAGGACCCUGCUGCCCCCCCACCGCCGAGAAGCUGCUGGAGCACCGUUUCCUGCGUCCGUUGGUGCUUCCAUCGGGCUUCCACGUGA